AUGGCUCCCAGUUUUAUCCUUACUCUCUCCGGUCCUGACCGCGCCGGUAUCGUCCACGCCGUUACUGCGUUCCUGGUGGAGAACAACCUCAACAUCAUCGACUCGUCGCAAUUCGGUGACCCAGUCUCGCAGCGCUUCUUCAUGCGCACUCAGUUCGCAGCUACUACCGAUGAAGUUCCAGAACUCGGGAAGUUGCGCACUGCAUUCCAGCCCACUGCGCAGUCCUUCUCCCUCGACUUCGAAAUCAACCCCACCAUGAAAAAGCCCCGCGUGCUGAUCAUGGUCUCUAAGAUCGGCCACUGCCUGAACGAUCUGCUCUUCCGUCAAUCAACUGGUCAAUUGAGCAUUGAGGUUCCUCUGAUCGUGUCCAACCACCCCGAUUUCGCUACCCUCGCCGCCACAUACAACGUUCCCUUCCACCAUCUCCCCGUUACUGCGGAUACCAAGUCCCAGCAGGAAUCCCAGAUUCUGGAGCUGGUGCGCGAGCACAACAUUGACUUGAUCGUGUUGGCCCGUUAUAUGCAGGUUUUGUCUCCUACGCUGUGCGCUGCCAUGUCUGGACGCAUCAUCAACAUCCACCACAGCUUCCUGCCCUCCUUCAAGGGAGCCAAGCCCUACCAUCAGGCCUACGACCGUGGUGUCAAGAUCAUUGGUGCCACAGCUCACUUCGUCACAAGCGACCUUGAUGAAGGCCCAAUCAUCGAGCAAAACGUUGUCCGGGUCAACCAUGGCAUGAGCCCCAAGGAGCUGACCCAUGCCGGCAGUAACGUCGAGAGCAACGUUCUUGCCACUGCGGUGAAAUAUGUCACUGAGCGUCGAGUGAUCUUGAACGGACACAAGACUGUUGUCUUCAACUAG